CCUCGAUCGACCUAUAAGAUACCCUUCAUGGAUAGACCCUACAAACCCAAAUAAAUCCUCCGAAUUGACUACAUCCUCAUCGUUCUAUCUACACCCGCCUUUCAUCAUUCUCGUUAGCCGUAUCUUCGAUUUUUUUUUUUUUCCUUCUCCCCCACCCCACUUCCCGUACUGGUCUUUCUCUUUCUUGUCCUGUCUUGUCUUUCUUCUUGGCUAUCGUCUUUCCUGGUGGAAGCAAUAGAUCAUACCUACCUAGCAAACCCAACCCCAAUACUAUCUACCCACCUAUAUACUAUCUAUCCCACAAUGUCGUCAUCCGACAUACCUACACCUGAUCAAGCGAGUCAACACCCAGACGAAGUAGAAGAAAAGAAUGUCCACGAAGUGUACCAACAAAUCGCAGGCCAUUUCUCCUCCACCCGUCACAAGCCAUGGCCGAUGGUGGAACGAUUCCUCAGCGGCCUGACUCCAGGCUCUGUCGGGCUGGACGUGGGAUGCGGGAAUGGAAAGUAUUUGCCGGUGAAUCGCGAUGUAUUCAUAAUUGCCUCUGAUCGUUCCGACAAGCUUGCCCAGAUUGCCGUACAGCAUCAGCCACAUUCCACCAUCGUGGCUGAUAUCCUGAAUCUACCGCACCCAGAGUCCUACUUUGACUUCGCCAUCUCAAUUGCGGUUGUGCACCAUCUGUCCACCCCGGAUCGAAGGGUCCUGGCGAUUCGCGAGAUUCUCCGCACUCUGAAACCCGUGGACGAAAACGGGUCCGGGGGUCGAGCGCUGGUCUAUGUCUGGGCCCUGGAGCAAAGCACUAGCCGCCGAGGCUGGGACAAGGGCGACGCACAGGACAUCAUGGUGCCCUGGGUCAUGAAGGGGAAGCUGGCGCCCGGAGGCGCCCCCACUGUCGAGCCCAAGGUAUUCCACCGGUACUACCAUCUGUAUAGCGAGAAAGAGUUGGAACAGGAUAUCCACGCCGCCGGGGGGCGUGUCGUGGAGUCCGGCUAUGAGAGAGACAACUGGUGGGCAGUUGCAACACGAAAUGACUAAAGAGCAUUGUAACGGAGAACUGUAAUAUGUGCUCCGAGAUCCAGUCUCGGAGUAUCGGCACCUCUCAUCAUAUUGGAUUCCGU